AUGCUCAUCAUUGCUGUAGCUGCCGCCGACGGAGGAUAUCUCGUCGAGAAUGGUAAACCUGAUAUCACUGUACGCAAGACCAGCUAUCAGACUUCUCCGGAUCUUUCCCCCUCGUCUAACUCUAAUCCAUCCGAGGCUGUAAAGCAAUGCAAGAAGCGGACCAAGUGGUCCAAACAAACGGAUCCAUCUCUUGAGCAGAAGUAUGGCUCGAAGGAGAUGGCCUUGGACGCCGAGGAAUUCUCGGAAAAGGCCCCUUCUCAGUUGUGUGCGGAAGAUCAAGAACACUGGCAGAGACUCCGCCCAGGUACGUAA